AUGGGAGGAUUUUGCAGCGAGGACCUAUCAUUUUCGUCAAAUUACAGCUUCUCGAGCUCUCAAGAUCUCAGAUUGUCCAAGCACGUCCAUGACAAUGUUCAUAACAGCAUUUAUCUCGACCCACUCGUCUUGAAAUUCGUUGACACUGAGCAGUUUCAAAGGCUGCGUGAUCUUAAGCAACUAGGGAUGGUCCAUAUGGUUUAUCCAGGAGCUGUACAUUCUAGGUUUGAGCAUUCUCUUGGAGUUUACUGGCUAGCUGGUGAAGUGGUUCAUAGACUUAAAGUCCAACAAGGGCCGGAACUCGGUAUCGAUCAGUUUGAUAUGCAAACUGUGAAACUUGCAGGGCUCCUGCAUGACAUAGGCCAUGGGCCAUAUAGUCAUUUGUUUGAGCGUGAGUUUCUUCCCAAGGUUCUCAAUUCAUCUGAAUGGUCUCAUGAGCAAAUGUCAGUAAAGAUGGUGGAUCAUAUUAUUGAUGAGCAUAAUAUUGAUAUUGAUGUUGAGGCCGUGAGUAGAGUCAAGGAAAUGAUACUUGCAAGUUCAAAAUAUGCUACGAUCAAAAGCUCGAAAGAAAAGCGUUUUCUCUAUGAUAUUGUGGCAAAUGGUCGAAAUGGAAUUGAUGUCGACAAAUUUGAUUACAUUAUCCGGGACUCACGAGCUUGUGGUGUGGGAUGCAACUUUGAGUAUCAAAGGUUGUUAAUGCAGAGUAUGAGGGUUAUGGGAGAUGAAAUAUGCUACCGAUACAAAGAACAUCGAACCAUCCACAAGUUGUUUGCCACACGAGCUGAUUUGUUCAGAACCGUUUAUACUCAUGCAAAAGUAAAGGCUAUAGACCUGAUGCUUGUAGAUGCAUUAAUCAGUGCAAAUAGUCAUUUAAAAAUAGCAUCUGACAUACAGGAUCCUUCGCAAUAUUGGAAGUUAGAUGACACUAUCAUUAAAACCAUCGAGACAUUACCCGACCAAGAACUCAAGGAAGCUCGGGACUUAAUUCUUCGCAUACGCAGGAGGGAUUUAUACCAGUACUGUAAUGAGUAUGCUGUUCCAAAAGACAAAUUGGAGAAUUUUAAGAAUGUCACAGCGCAAGAUAUUGUUUGCUCACAGAAAAAUGGUGGAGUGACACUCAGAGAAGAGGAUGUUGUGGUAAGCAAUGUUCGGAUUGAUUUGGCUCGUGGGAGGCAUAAUCCUCUCGAGAGGUGCUUCUUAAUCCUAUGUGAUCACGCAUUUUCUUGCUCAUAUAUAUUUGAAUCAAGUUCUGAAUGUCUAAUACAAACAUUUCUCUCUAUUGUAUAUACGCUUUCCUUUCUCUCCAGCGUCAUGUUUUUCCAGGAUUAUGAUAGUGAGGAUAAGUUCCCGAUAAGUGACGAUCGCGUAAGUCACCUGCUUCCGACAUCUUACCAAGACAUGAUUGUGCGAGUGUACUCCAAAAAGCCUGAAUUGGUUGGACUGAUUUCUGAUGCUUUCGAGAAUUUCCAGUUGAAGGCAUAUGGGAUCAAAGCGCAAGUACAUGCCACGCCGGAGAAGAAAAAACGAGCCGGAAAAUAA